AUGUCACAGCCUCACGCUCUCGACCCCGCCACUGUCGCCAUACUCCGUCCCGCCAUCAUCCAGAUUCUCAACAAUGCCGACCUCAGCUCGAUCUCGGCCAAAAAGGUGCGCGCACAGCUCGCUCAGCUUCCACCACACGUGCUUCCGCCAUCUCUAGACCUGUCUGCCAGUAAGAAGCAGGUCGAUGAGGUCAUCCGCGACUGCUUUGAUCACAUCUCCAAAGGAUUACCUGCACCUCCCCAAUCCCAGCACUCGUACAAUGGCACCGCUUCCGCACCACCUCGCAGGAAGCUGGCUCGGAACGCGGUGCCACCCAAUGCCAAAGCCGCCAACACCAAAUCCACCCCAGCAUCCAACGGCACCAAAUCCAAACCAGAGCCAAAGCCCAAGAAAAAGCCCGCCAAAAAGCGUGCCGUCCCCGAAGAAGACGAUGACAAUGAGCCCCCAAAGAAAAGGGCUGCCAACCCAAACAACCCCUUCAAUCGCCCCCUCAUCCUCUCGCCCAAACUCGCCGACGUCUGUGGCGGGACCGAGAUGCCGCGUCACGCCGUCGUCAAGCAACUCUGGGUGUAUAUCAAGUCAAAUAACCUUCAAAAUGAGAGCAACAAGCGUCAGAUCCUUUGUGAUGCCAAGCUCACUUCCAUCUUUGGAAAGGAGUCCGUAGACUCCUUUGAGAUGGCAAAGCUCAUCGGUUCUCACCUCACCAAGAAGGACAAUCCAUGA